AGAAAACGAGGGGAUUCCUUUGCUUUUCAAACAGCCUAAUGCAAACCCGCGCGAAGCGAAACGCACAUGAACAUCAGAGAUUCAGCGCCGAGAUGAUGGGCGUCGCGUCGCCACCUGGUCCGUACAGUCGUACGCCACCGCCACGAAAAGAGCUGAGAUCACAAGAAGCUUCUAGAGCAGCAUCACAUCCCUCUCUGAACCAUAGAGCUUCUGUUCUGUGGACACCGAGCUUCUAGGGUUUUCCCUCUUCUCCGCUAUCUCGAUCGAUGAUGGGAAAAACGGACGAGGAAGAAGCAGUCGUUCUGAGGCAGUUGGAGGAGUCGGUGGAUGCCCAUCCAGACGACCCCGAGCUUCGCUUCCAACUUGGACUGUGUUUAUGGGAGAGAGCAGCGGGUUUGAAAGAGAAAAUGGAGAGAGCGGCAGAGCAUUUCGUGAAAUCGGCUAAAUUGGACCCUAACAAUGCGACUGCGUUCAAAUAUUUGGGCCAUUACUAUGGUAGAGUGGCCUCUGAUGGUGCUCAGAGAGCUGUCAAGUGUUACCAGAGAGCCGUUGUUCUCAACCCGGAUGACCAAGAAUCUGGGGAGGCAUUAUGUGAUUUGUUGGACGAAGGAGGAAAGGAAACUUUGGAAGUGGCAGUUUGCAAAGAAGCAUCGGAGAAGUCGCCAAGGGCUUUCUGGGCUUUUCGAAGAUUGGGUUAUCUGCAGGUUCAUCAAAAGAGAUGGUCUGAGGCUGUGCCGAGUCUUCAACAUGCUAUUCGAGGCCACCCUACCUGUUCUGAUUUGUGGGAAGCAUUGGGUCUUGCAUAUCAGCGUUUAGGCAUGUAUACUGCUUCCAUUAAGUCUUAUGGGCGGGCCAUUGAACUGGAAGAAACCAGGGUUUUUGCCCAGAUUGAAAGUGGAAACAUCUUCAUGAUGCUUGGUUCUUUUAGAAAGGGAAUUGAACAAUUUCGGCAAGCUCUGGACAUUUCACCUGAAAAUUUGUCGGCAUACUAUGGACUCUGUUCUGGCCUGCUUGGUCUGGCAAAAGAAUGUAUCAACACAGGAGCGUUUACAUGGGCUGCUUCACUCUUGGAGGAGGCAUCGAAAGUUGCAAAUGUGAGUACUCAACUUACUGGAAAUGAAUCAUCUCUUUGGAAGAUGUAUGGUGAUAUUCAGAUUGCAUACGGCACUUGCUUUCCAUGGAUGAUUGACGACCAGCAUUUGGCGCUUGAAGCAGAUGCAUUCAAAUCUUCUAUACAUUCUUGGAGUGAGACUUGUUAUGCAGCAGCAGAGUCAGCCCGGAUUUCGUACCAGAAAGCUUUGCGCUUGGCACCAUGGCAAGCAAACAUCUAUGCCGAUAUUGCUAUGAGUCUUGAUCUGAAAUACAAGUUGAUCAAGAUUUCCGCACACAAAUCUGAUUCUUGGCAGUUACCGGAGAAGAUGGCUUUGGGAGCAUUGCUGCUUGAGGGGGAUAAUCAUGAGUUCUGGGUGGCAUUGGGAUGUUUAUCGGAUAAUCAUGCGUUGAAACAACAUUGUUUGGUCAGAGCAUUGCAGUUAGAUGUAUCUCUGGCUGUUGCUUGGGCAUACCUUGGGAAGGUCUAUAGAAAAGUUGCAGAUAAGCAACUUGCAAGGCAAGCAUUUGAUAGCGCUAGAAGCAUAGAUCCUUCUCUUGCAUUGCCAUGGGCAGGCAUGUCAGCUGAUUUUCGUGCCGGGGAAGAUGAAUCUGAAGAUGCUUUUCAGGGCUGUUGGAGAGCUGUGCAGACGCUGCCGCUUCCUGAGUUCCAAAUAGGGCUAGCAAUGCUUUCUCUACCUUCAGGGCAUUCCCCAUCUUCACAGGUUUUUGGAGCCAUCUGUCAAGCGGUGCAGCGCGCGCCUUAUUACCCUGAAUCGCACAAUUUCAAGGGGCUCAUUUGUGAGGCACGACUUGAUUAUCAGUCUGCUGCUGCAUCUUACAGGCUGGCACGACUUGCCAUCAAGAGCUUUUCUACAACACUUCCAGAAUCUAGUGUUAGAGAUGUAACGAUCAAUUUGGCAAGAUCACUUCUUAAGGCUGGGGAUGCUCUCGAGGCAGCGCAGGAGUGUGAAGCUUUGAAGACUCAAGGUACUCUUGAUGCGGAAUGUCUUCAACUAUAUGCUCUCUCUCUUUGGCAGCUUGGGAACAAUGAACUUGCUCUUUCUGUGACAAGAAACCUCGCUGGGAGUAUUUCUAGCAUGGAAAAGGCAACUGCAACGGCCAUUGCUGGUUUCAUUUGCAGAUUGUUAUAUUUUAUUUCUGGAAUGGAUUCAGCAAUCAAUAGCAUUUUAAAAAUGCCAAAGGAAUUGUUUCGGAGUCCUAAAGUUAGCUUUAUUUUGUCUGGCAUCCACGCUCUUGAUAAAAAUAACCGGCUCAAUCAGAUUGUUUCUGUCAGUCGUCAAUUUCUUAGUUCUCUUGAAGAAAUGGAGGCAAUGCACUUCUUAAUAGCUCUUGGUAAGCUGGUAAAGAAUGAAUCAGAACCCGGCCUUGGUUAUCAGACUGGAAUUCAUCAUCUGCAGAAAGCUGUCCACAUGUAUCCUAGUAGUAAUCUGUUAAGGCAAUUGCUUGGUUAUCUUUUGCUAUCGAGUAAAGAAUGGAAUGAUUCACAUCUCGCAACAAGGUGCAGUGUCAUAAGCUCCUUCGAAAUUCCCCGAAAAGAAGGUUUCAAAUCUUCAUUUGAAAUCCUUGGUGCUGGAGCAGUUGCUUGCUAUGCCAUCGGAAACAGCAAUCCAAAGUUUUCCUUCCCAACAUGCACAUACCAGUGUUUGCAGGAGCCUCAAGCCAUUCAGCAACUGCAAAAAUGCUUACGUCAGGAACCUUGGAAUCAUAGUGCUCAGUACUUGCUCAUACUUAAUCUUCUACAAAAGGCGCGAGAGGAGAGAUUUCCUCAACAUCUUUCUGGUAUACUGAAUCGGCUGAUUCGCGUGGCUCUGUCAAAUGAAUUAUAUGCCAGGACGAGUACCUGCUAUCCAUAUAGAAAAUUCCAGCUCUUACUUUCUGCUUCUGAGUCAUGCUUUCAAGAGGGAAGGCAAGUGGAGUGUAUCACUCAUGCGACAAAUGCAUCUAGGCUUCCGCUUCCUAAUGGCUAUCUUUUCUUCGCGCACUUGAUAUUGUCUCGUGCAUAUGCUGUUGCUGGGGACCUGAAAAGCUCUCAUAAAGAAUAUGAGAGAUGCUUAGACCUUGGGACAAAUUUUCAUAUUGGUUGGGUGUGUCUUAAAUUCAUGGAGGUACAUUAUGAGAUGCAAAUUGAUUCAAGCAAAAUAGACUCAAGGUUCUAUGAAUGCUUAAAGGAGAGGGGACACUCAAAUGUAAUGUGGGGAGCUAUCUUCUAUCUGGCACGGGGUUUAAUUUCUUUAUGGAACCAUGAUUUUCUCUCUGCAGAAGACUUUCUUGAACGAGCUUGUUCAUUGAUGGAUUCUGAUAGUGGGAUCUCUCUCUGCUUUGGUGUCGCAUGUGUGGAAUUAGCCAAGCUAGGGUAUGGUUCUCAGUUCCUCUCGCUGGCUCUGAGACAUCUUGCCAAAGCACAGGAGACGGCUUUAGUUCCAUUACCUGUCGUAUCAACAUUGCGGGCUCAAGCAGAAGGAAGUCUUGGUUCCAAAGAGAAGUGGGAGAGCAAUCUCUGCCUUGAAUGGUUUACUUGGCCACCAGAAAUGAGGCCCGCAGAGCUCUUCUUUCAGAUGUUCCUGCUCGCAAAAGAUGUUCAAUCUGCACGUGACUCUACAUCCUCUAUGGUGGCUUGCCAAAGUCCACAAAAGUGGGUUUGUCGAGCAAUCCACACAAACCCAUCUUGCUUAAGAUAUUGGAAGGUGUUGCAAAGGCUCGUGGAGACAGAUCGAACUCUCAUCAGCACCUAACUCAGUUCUAGCUGGCACCGCAGCCAGAUGUAUUAUUGGACGCGGCCUCGGUUCCAUUCUUUGUAAUUUAGCCACAUUAUUUGGACACCAGUUCGCAUUAAACGCUUUUUUUUUCC